AUGGCUGCGAUGCAAGAGGAGUAUGACGCCAUGUUGCGCAACCGGACGUGGCAGCAUGUUCCCCGUCCCCGGCACGCCAACGUGAUUACCGGGAAGUGGGUCUUUAAACACAAGCUCCAUCCUGAUGGUACCCUUGAUUGCUACAAAGCGUGCUGGGUCGUUCGUGGCUUCCGACAGCGUGCUGGCAUCGACUUCACCGACACCUUUGCUCUGGUCGUCAAGCCCGGCACGAUCCGCACGGCUCCGCGCACGUGGUACCAGCGCAUCACGGCGUUUCUCCACCAGCUUGGGUUCCGCUCUACCUGCUCGGACGCCUCGCUCUUCAUCUAUCAUCUGGGCUCUGACACAGCCUGCUUGCUGCUCUAUGUUGACGACAUCAUCCUGACGGCAUGUACGGCUGGUCUCCUCAGUCAGCUCACGGCUCGUAUUCGCGCUGAGUUCACCAUCGAGGACUUGGGUCCUUUGCACUACUUCCUCGGUGUCGAGGUGGUGCACCAUCCGGAUGGCUUCUUCCUUCAUCAGCGGAAGUACGCUCACGAGCUCCUGGAGUGCGCCAGCAUGCUUAACUGCAAGCCCGCCGCUACGCCUGUUGAUACGAAGGCCAAGCUUUCUGCCACGGAUGGUUCUCCUGCUUCGGAUGCUGCUUUCUAUCGGUCUAUCAUUGGUGCUCUCCAGUACCUCACUCUAACUGGACCGGAGAUCCAGUAUGCCGUGCAGCAGGUGUGUCUUCAUAUGCAUGCUCCUCAAGACGUUCACUGGGCUGCUGUCAAGCGGAUUCUCCGCUAUAUCUGUGGCACUAUGGAUCUUGGCGUCAUGCUUCACGCCUCCGCCGACAUCGCCCUCACCGCCUACUCCGAUGCAGACUGGGCGGGCUGCCCUGACACUCGUCGCUCCACUUCAGGCUAUUGUGUCUACCUUGGACCCUCACUUAUCUCGUGGUCGUCCAAGCGGUAG